AUGCAAGAAAGACAUCAGUUAAAGUCUUGUAAAUUACCUCGGGUGGAGAACCGGCAGGUACUUGUGAGUGGCGAUCUUAAGUCUCCAUAUGGCUUGAGUCUUGACUUCGUGAAUAAUGAGCUCUACUGGGCAGAUGGCCAGUGCGGCUGUAUCGAAGCUUUCCAUCUUGUGACAAAGCGUCGGCGGCGCGUGGUACACAGUCCAGAGUACUAUCCAUACUGGGUGGCCGUGUUUGAGGAGUGGGUUUACUGGAGUGAUCGCAAGAUGAAGGCAAUACUCAAAGCCAAUAAACGCACUGGUGAGUAUCAGAAAGAUAGGGGCAAUAAUGAGUUCAUUCGACAAGUUUGGAGACUAUCAGCCUUUCUUUAA